GCUGCUUGCGGGCCUGAAUCCCUCUUCAACCUUCCGGAGGGGCACCUUCAACCAGCUCCGCGGUGCAACUGGCAGCGGCGUCCUCAGCUGAACAGACGUGGAAGUACCGCAGACAACAUGUCGCUCCUCACCUUCAGCCGCCUGGCGCCCAGACUCCUCAACUCCAAGAAUGCCACCUUCCUUGUGGCAGCCAGAAAUGCCAGCGCAUCAACAACAAAUCUGAAGGAUAUUCUGGCAGAUCUCAUCCCCAAAGAACAGACCAGGAUCAAGAACUUCAAACAACAGUAUGGCAAAACCAACAUAGGACAGGUUACUGUUGACAUGGUCUAUGGAGGUAUGAGGGGGAUGAAGGGUCUGGUGUACGAGACCUCUGUUUUGGAUCCUGAGGAGGGCAUCCGUUUUAGGGGCUAUAGCAUUCCAGAGUGUCAGCAGUUGCUGCCUAAAGCUCCAGGAGGUGAGGAGCCGCUGCCCGAGGGUCUCUUCUGGCUGUUGGUCACAGGGCAGGUGCCCACCGAGGAGCAGGUGAACUGGGUGUCCAAAGAGUGGGCGAAGAGGGCCGCACUUCCCUCUCACGUUGUCACCAUGUUGGAUAACUUCCCCACAAACCUGCACCCCAUGUCUCAGUUCAGUGCUGCCAUCACAGCUCUGAACAGCGAGAGCAGCUUUGCACGGGCUUACUCUGAGGGCGUCCACAAGACCAAGUACUGGGAGUUUGUCUAUGAAGACUCCAUGGACUUGAUCGCCAAGCUGCCAUGCAUUGCUGCCAAGAUCUAUCGCAACCUGUAUCGUGAAGGCAGCAGUAUCGGAGCCAUCGACUCCAACCUGGACUGGUCCCACAACUUCACCAACAUGCUGGGCUACAGUGAUACCCAGUUCACUGAGCUAAUGAGACUCUACCUCACCAUCCACAGUGAUCAUGAAGGAGGCAAUGUCAGUGCCCACACCAGCCACUUGGUGGGAAGUGCUCUGUCUGACCCCUACCUGUCCUUCAGCGCCGCCAUGAAUGGUCUGGCUGGUCCUCUGCACGGUCUAGCCAAUCAGGAGGUGCUGGUGUGGCUGACUGCUCUGCAGAAGGAGAUGGGAGGAGAGGUGUCUGAUGAGCAGAUGAGGGAUUACAUCUGGAACACACUCAAAUCUGGAAGGGUGGUGCCAGGCUAUGGUCAUGCUGUCCUGAGGAAGACGGACCCACGUUACGCCUGCCAGCGUGAAUUUGCUCUGAAGCAUCUGCCCAAUGACCCCAUGUUCAAGUUGGUCGCCCAGCUUUACAAGAUUGUCCCCAAUGUGCUGUUGGAGCAGGGUAAGGCCAAGAACCCCUGGCCCAACGUGGACGCUCACAGUGGAGUGCUGCUGCAGUACUAUGGAAUGACUGAGAUGAAUUACUACACGGUGCUCUUUGGUGUCUCCCGAGCCCUCGGUGUGCUGGCUCAGCUGGUGUGGAGUAGAGCCUUGGGCUUCCCCUUGGAGCGCCCCAAGUCCAUGAGCACAGAUGGACUGAUGGGACUGGUGGGAGUCAAGUCAGGCUGAAAACCACCUGAAAGGAGCUGGGGGUUAGUGUAAAGGGUGGGAGGAGGUGGAAAUAUCAAAAAGGCAGACAUAAGUUGACCCCCUGUCAUUUCCAACCCCAGGGAUUCAAUGGGAUUCAAAGAGACAGUACGCUUUUAAUGUCAUUUCACAAAAGAAGGGCCUUUUAAAUCGUCUCACAAUUAGUGUUUGAGUGUAUUUAGUUAACCCCUGAGAGGUUUUCCCCACCGUGUCUCCAUAUUUGGAACAUGUAAGGUGAAGGCUUCAGUCACAUACAUGUAACCCAUAGUAAGCUCAAACUAUGUACUAUUCUAAGUCUGCUAGCAUUGCUAAGAUUUUCCCCUUUGCAGUGCCCACACGUUUGUCAUUGAGCACCUUGUGGGUCUGAACUAUGAAUAGGCAGUGGCAUUCAAAGGGAAUUGUGGGAGUGAAUUACACUUCGUUUAUAUUUGUUAAAAAGUUCAAAUACCUGACUCAACCUUUUGUUGUUUCUGGCUUAAUGCAGUGAUUUGUUUUAGAGGACGUCCCAAAGAAAAAGAUGUUUUCUCCCCCAAUUUAAGACUCAACUUAGUUUUUCCUUCUAUGCAAUUUUCCCAGACGUCAUCCCAACCAGUCUAUCAACACGUUUCACUCCCGUUUAUGAACACUCCAGUUUAGACAAGAAGGUCCUCACACGUAAAGUUAACAAGCUGUACAAGAUAUAAACAACGGCUGGUUGAUAAGUACAUGGCCUGAGGAUGGAGGAGUCGAUUUCAAGACCUAGCACAUUUAUUUUUCUCCUACAUUAAAACGUACGGAUCCCUUUGUAGUCAAUGAUCUCCAGCGUGGUAGCGGUCACCGGCCUCCCAGGAUGGCGCCCAUCCUCCAGGCUCCCUGCCACGUUUGAAUUCAGCCGUCCGCUUCUUCACCAGGAUGUAAGGAGGGGCACCCUCCCGGGGUGUUACCACCAUGUCCUCGAGGACCUCUUUAGCUGACCGGCUCUUGAGACGGAGGUAGUGUGUGACUGCACAGUGGCCCAUGUCCAUUUUGAAUCAGCCAAAACAGAAACGCCGGAAAAGGUCGUGUGUAAACUCUCAAACAACUAAACUGCUCGUGUAUGUAACACGAGCUGUAGAACUCCUCUCCUCCCGCCUCAGGCCACGAACAUAUCAAUCACCUCAAACAUUCAAAAACAAGAAAUCAGUUGAAAGAUACUGCCCCUUUAAAUCUUAAGUCUCCCCCUUUUCACCAACUGUAGUCGUUUUUUCUUUGUAAUGAUGACCUGUAGCACCUCUAUGAUCAAAAUAACUGCCUCGUCUAUUUUCAUAGAUAAGCCCCCGUGGUUUUGACGGGUCUCUGCUCAAAUGGACCCUGCUAGAGAAUCCAGAUUAAUGUACAGUAAAUCAAGAUGAUAGAGUUCUGAGCAAAGGGUGUUGUAAUUGAAAGCCUGUCGUAAAUCCUUAAGAGCAAGCUUGACUGAAAAGUAGGAUAUGGGGACUUUGGUAAAGGUCCCGUCUUGUCUGAGUGUAUGUUUGUUAAUCCCCACAGGAGAGCGCUUUAAACAUCAAAUACUCCAAAAUGAGCACUUGCUUGAUAGGAUUUCCUUAUUCGUAGACUUAGACACCCCCCAGGUUGAUUGUUUCCCUUUUUUUCAACGUUUUUUUGGUGUUGAAUAUGUAUAAAACUAUAAUCUUUGAGUUCUCAUUUUGUGGUUUUAUUUAUACUUUGUGUACAUAGGUAUAUAUAUGUAUAUGUAUAGCUUGAAUGUAUGAGCUCGAUCACAUGCUUGUCAUAGCCACAACGAUUACCGUAGUUAAUCCACAGUGUUCCGUCUCACUGGUCACUGUGAAAAUUAAACAACGAACAAAAAAAAACUUGCAGCUAUCGUGUAUGCAUAUAAUUUCUUGCCUAGCUCAGUGGGCCUAAGCCGGUGCUGUCUUUUUCAAUUAUUUCACAUCAGUGUUUCAAGCUUGCUCUUAAGCUCUGGGUUUGUCAGCACUCCGUUUUUUGUGUAGUUGAAGUUCUUGCAUCUUUUUAAUUUCUUCCCCGUCAUGUUAGUCAGUAGCUCGCUCAGAUGUGUGAAUCUCUCUGCCGCCAUCCUCGUGGCUUCAUCAGGUGUUUUGUGUUUUGAUCAUAGUGUUGUUCCGUGUGUUGGGUCGUUCGAGAGAUGAGGUUAUUUUGAUCGUAGAGGAGCAUAUAGAGGUUGUACAUGAUAACGGUGAAUUCACAGCAGGACGGAUUCAUGAAGAGGAACACUGUGGGGGAUGGGUCAAAUGGGAGAGAAAAGCUUGAAGAGCAAAUAUUGGAAAAACCUGACAAAAAAAGAAAAAUAAAGGUUUUUAUUAACACUU